CCCAGGAUUAAAUCAAGACUGCAUGGCACUGAGAUUUGCUUCAAAACCGAACAAAACAACUGACAACUUUGAGGUUUGAACUGAGUAAUGAACUUUUAUGUGCUCUCCUGGCUGCUGUUCUUUUUCCUGGCUCCCGGGGGUUGUCCCAUAUACAGCAUCGACCUGGCCACUUUGGAGGUGCCCACCAACGAUUUCCAGAACGAACUGACCCUGCAAUCGAUGCUCAGCUCGGAGCUAAGGGCCUACCGCAAUGGCCUCAACGGGAGGAUCGAUGGGGAGGAGAAGCACAAGGCAGAAGAUCCUCCCAGGAGUUACCAACAACUCAAGGAUCUUUUGCCCAAGGAGCUGCAAAAGGCAACGCGGAGUGCCGUUGAAACAGAGGCUUUUCUGGGCACAAAUCUCUUUGGCAACUACCGCAAGAAUUGCUUUUCUACAGAAGACAUUGCCCUGAUUUCCGCCCGCAAGGACUUUGAGUUGCUGGUGCCCAAAUCCUUUCCCCAGUGCCUGCUCACCGACAGCGUGGUGCACAUGCUCAUCCGGUACUUCAAUACUGUCAAUCAGAUUGUCAAGAAAAUGUCGGACGAGGAUACGCGAAUGAUCCUUCAGCGGGCUUUCUACGAUGCCCUGGGUGGCUACCUUCGGUAUUAUCUAGUGCCCAUGGCCCAGGUUUCCUACUACGCCGGACGCAUUAAACUGAGCACCGUGGAGCGCCUGGUGACCAUCUAUCGGCAGUGCCGAACUACCCUGAAUACCAAUGGAAAUGGCUGGCGAACGCCGAACAAGGAUAUAAUGUCUCAGUUUAAGGGGACGAAGAUUGAACCUGUUUAUCUGCCCAAGAGCUGUCAGUCGCAGGAGGAUGCCUCCAGUUGUGCCCAGUUGGAUCAAAGCUGCAUCUCCCAGGAACCGGAUCAGGGAACGAUGAUUGUGCCAAUGCCACGUUUGGAGACCCCUGAUGAGCAUGGCAUGCUGACCAAUAUCUACCUGGCCUUUCGAAAGCGACGCAUCUACAAUCUUCGCUCUCCCCGAUCCGCCAAUGUCCUGGUGAGAUUCUUUCAAACCCUCACCAGCUGCUAUCGAUUUCAGGGUGUCAGUCAGGUGAACUAUAAUCGCCAGUUGCUCGCCUGGAUAAGGGAGAAUCUGCAGAUGCACUAUGCUGAUGAGGUUUUCUACCCGGGACUGGGGGGGAUUCUGCAGGUUCAAGAGAGGAUUGUGAUGCAGGAAAAGAAUCCGGAGGAGGAAGCCCGGGAAUCCCGUUCAUCUUUUGAAAAGAUUGAACAAACGGGAGGUUCUCCCCCUUCAAAAGAAGACUCUCGGAAGCUGAGUCGCUCGGCCAUCCACUGGCAGGAGGCUCCCGAUCAACAGCAGGAUCCAGAUGAGCAGGACGAUCACCACGACGAGUGGCUCACUGGACUGGAGAAGGUUCACACUCGUCAGGAUGAACUGGAGGAGUGCCGGGAGUGCGACAACGAUGACACCUUGAUCUGGUGCAUUGCCGCCUUUCUGGCUCUGCUCCUGCUCCUCAUCCUCCUCAUCAUUUGCUGUUGCAUGCGAAGGGGCAAGAAGAAAAAGAGGGUAGUUCCUGCUCCUGAUGCAGAGGCUCCUCCGCCCGUAGAAAAAAAGAAAAAACUCAGGGAGCCUUUGGUAGUAACUGAGCCAGUAAAAGAAGCCAAGAAAGACGAAAAGGGGGAACCCGAAGACGAUCACCGAUAUUAUUACUCUGGAUCUGGUCGCUCAACCUCUCAAAGAUCGGUUCAAAAUGAUCGUUAUCCGGAGAAUCCUGAGCUGGAUUCCUACACCUCCACCUCCUCGCUUGGCUGCCAGUUCAAAAGAAAGUGCGUGCCCCUCAAGUUUAGUCGGACCAAAGGAGCGGACUACUACCAACCAGACAAAAGUAGGGAUGCGGUGGCUAAGCCGGAUUCCGCCUUCAAGCUUUUCUCCGAGGAUUCCUCCGCGCACAGAGCUUCUAGGGUUCCGGGUAAACCCACCUUGAAGACUACUCCAUCUGCCAUUCCCUCCUCCGAAAGCGAUCUGGUCGCCAUGGACAAGGAUAGAAGGAGACAGAAGCCUUCCAGGCAAGAGGAAAAGCGAAAGAGGCACAAGGAGACCGAGACCAGCCGGAAAAAAGAGAACAAAUCCUCAGAAGAAAGCAGAAAGCCGUCAUCAUCGGAAAAACGAAGGACCAAACAAGUGAGGAUUGUAUCGGACAACGAAUCUUCGGAUGAUCCUCUCCUGCACAGGAAAAAGUCUACAGAGAAGGCGGUACCCACGACGGGUCGACUAAGAGGCGGCACUGAGUCGAUAAGGGAUUCCCCGAGCUGGGAAACGACCUUUGACGAUAUCUAA